CGCGCCAAAGCCAACAAACACAAGGAACAGGGAAAGAUCCCGCGGGGGAGAGAGAGGGAGACAGAGAAGGGUAAAUCGUCUCGAUCCGAUCCAUGGACGCGGCGAUGAAGGACGCGCAGGCGCAACCAGGCGGGGAAUGGGACCGCGGCAGCGGCGGAGCCGACGCGUUGCUGGGCCUCGCCGGCGCCGGCGCCUCGCUGUCCGUGUGCUACCACGAGGCGUUCGGCCCUCACGACGACCUCAUCCUCCUCGAGGCCGCCGACGACCUCCUACCCGACCUUCUACACGGCCGGGUGACUGUGCGGGGACGACCCGAAGAAGAAGCUGUUCUCUGCACGCCUUCAGCGACUUACGCCAUGAAGUUUGUGGGUACAUCCAAUUCCAUGUUCCUAAUACCACCAGGCGAAGCGGUCGCGCCAAGCUUAAGACCGGGACAUGCCAAUGAGGAUGCUACUACCACAUCGGAUGCAGCCGCUUCUAUCAUCAAGGUAGCACCAGGGAGCAUCGAGUUAGUCCGAACGGCUCCACGGCUUGACAAGCUGAGGAACCUUCUCAGGGAGAGGCCCUAUGUUCUUGAUGAGGAUCUUGGAGAUGGCUCUGAGCAUAAGAAGGGUCUGUACACGUGGGAAGACCUCUGUGUCCUCGUUCAGGCCAGCGACAGCGAGCUGAUGGACGGGCUGAAUUCCAUUUCGGCCGUCGAGAUCGAUGGGUUCUGGAGGACUGUUGAUGUCGGUUCCGUGAACACGGUUCUGGACAUGAUUCUGCACAACUCCGUGCUGCAUGAUUGGCUGUUAAAUGCCGUGCCAGAAAAUGCUGUGCUAUCUGUCAUGGAAUCUGAUGGUUUUACUCGUAAGAUUGUAACCCACUGCCUCAACAGAUUUGGCACAAAGGUUGAGCAGGAAGCGGCAACUUGUUGGAGCCUUGACGAGAAACUGGUGUGCUUGCAAUUUGCACGGAGAGCGCUCAGCGCAGGAAAGAUGAAGCUCAACAGCUUCAUGGAUAAAUGGGAGCGAAGCAUCCCUUCAGGAAUGCGUGCAGAUCUUCAGAUGCUCGAAGGGGAAGUCCUGUAUGAGAAGCGUGGGACUGAGACCUGGGUACAUGCUUUCAGGGUUGCUGAUCUGCCGUUGACACCAGCUGAGAGGUUUGCAGCUCUAUUCCUUGAACGGCCAAGGUGGGAAUGGAAAGACCUGCAGCCCUACAUCAGGGACUUGUGCGUACCUGGCGCGUCUUCGGAAGGAUUGCUUAUCAAGUAUGCGAGAAGAACGCAGCCAAGCGCUGAUGACGAGCCUAUUUUCACUGCCAGAUGAUCAACCUAUCAUGCAACAUCCAUGUUUUGGUUCUGGCUCUUGCUGCUGCUGGUAAACUGCUGGUGCUGCAUUUCGGACAUGGUUUUCAUCUGGACACUGCCGGCUGCAACUGCAUUUCAGACAUGCUACAUAUCGGCAACGACGCUAGAUGAUUCCCUUCUUGCCGGACAAUGAAGUUGCUGAAUCUUCUUUCAGUUUUGAUUAGAGAUUUAGUAUCUGUACCUGGAUGCACCACACACCUUUGUCGCAUCUUUUACAAUACAUUCUGAAUUUUUUAGCAUGUAAGGUUUGUGCUAGAUAGUCAUGCUCUCAGAUGGUAUCUUAAAGAAUUGCUUCAGAAUGAAUAGCGGAUGAAGCCAUGGUAGGCAUCUGAAAACUGAGAUUGCGUUUCAGGUUGUGUAGGCAGCAGCAAACCUUUGUUGUGGAAGUCAAUUGAAGUCCCUGUUCUGAAGCAUAUGAUGAUUCGUAUGCAUUUUGUAGUAA